GUUAGUUUGCGGUUAUCUUAAACUUGGUGCUACCGUUGUGUUGAGAUAUGUCGAAAAAGAAAAAGGAUUUUCAAAAAGUUAAAGUUAAACUUGGAAGAAAGUUAAAGAGUCAAAAUGAGACAGUGAUAAAUUUGAGUAAAAAAAGAAUAAUCCUACCUAAAGAACGAGAAUUUAAAAAGACAGAAGGUGACAAAACAGAUAUCCAGACAUUUGACAAUUGCAUUCAUUCACUAAACAUUGAAGAUAGUGCUCUUCAGCAUUCAUCUUUGCGUACUCUCAAUCGCCUAUUGGAUCCUUUGACAAAACAGUUAAACGCACUCCCAUUUUUGGAUAGGAAUGUUCUUACUGUAUCUAGUAAUUUUAUUGAAAAAGUGAUUGAUGGACAUCAGAAACUGUUGGGCAUCAGUUCAAAUUUAGGCUGUAAUAUUCAACUGGGAAAUUUAAUAUUUAUGCUUGGUCGAUUUUGUAAACGAGUUGACGAUCCUCGUUUUUGUGGUGAGAUUCGUCAAUUAUUUAUUAAAAUUGUUCAGAUUGCGUCUACACAUCCAAAAAUAUCCGAUAUAAUAUAUGAAUUAGAUCAAGUAAUUAUUUACCUCUUACAAAGAACUGAACAUGUUUGGAAAUUUUUUGGCUGUCAGCUGGCCAGUUAUGUAUUUGGCUUGCAUUGUCGAUUAGUGACAACAAUGAGCCAGUUGUAUAAUGGAUCUAAUCGGACAAAGGCUGUUUACUCAGGUGUUUUUGAUUCAGUUCAACAGUUUAUCCGUUUUCGAGCUUAUUGUCAUCUUUUAAUCCAAUGCUACAGUAAUUUAAAGCAAAAUCGUACCUUCAAGGUUCUGUCGAAAAGUCGUGCAGACUUAGUUCAGGCUAGUAUGGUUUAUCUCAAAGACAAUCAAUAUACUUCUUCAUUGAGCUACUCUCAAGGCAAUCAUCCAUGGUUAUAUUCUCUCCCGUACUUUGGGCAUCAAAGAAGUACUCAAUGUUAUGUGACUUUUAAAGGUUAUUACCUCAAAGAAUUAAUCGACUUCCAUCCGGUAUCAUAUAAUUUAAAUUAUGGUUUAUUUGGUAUUGUUAAACAAUCAUUGAUGUUCCCAAAGAAUAUGACUGUAAAUAAUGAGAAUGUUUCCAUCAAGCGAUCUGAGAAUUCUCGGAAGAACUCUAUAGAAGUAGAUAUGCUUAAAAAUGAUUCCAUUGGUGGUACUCAAAUGUGGUGUCAAGAAGACUAUGAUGAUCAGGUUUUGGGACAUGGUUUGAUCGAAGAAGGAUUAAUCUUAUUAGAUGAAUUAACAGAACAUCCAAGUGAAGAAAUUUUGAGCAGUUUAUACUAUUUUCUUCGUGGUUUACGUGUUCUCUUUGAAACAAAAUCAGUUGAUUUUUUCACCUCAUAUUCCAGUGUAAAAAACAAUCAUUCAGGUUGGAAAUCAGAUAUAAACAAUAUAUCACCGGAUCUAUCCACAUCGUUAGAACGUUUUCUAAUGAAAUUCUAUGCUGUGUAUCCAUUGCAGUUAUCUGAUAAUAAUAAUAACAACAAUGAUAGAUCAUUGAUACAACAACCUCAACAACAACACCGACAACACAAGAAAGGUAUGGGUAAACAAGCAGAGAAUUAUUUACGCCUUUUAAAUACCUUCAAUGGACAACAGAAAUCAGUGAAUCUCUUAUCUAGAAAACAAUUGAAACAAGAACGUAAACGUAAAAAUAAACAAUUAAGACGUCAAAUGACAAUUGCUGGUGGUGAUUCUUCUCCAAUAACAACACCAACGACAACAACAACAGAAAUGGAAGAAGAAACAAGUGAUCCACUUGAUGAAAGUAUCAUUGAUUCAAUGAAUAUUGAUAAUGUAAGUAAAAUUCCCUCAACAAGAGCCAAUUCAUCCAAUAUUAAUAACCAUAAUAAUAACAAUCAAAUUUCUCAUUGGAUUAACUUAAUCAACCUGUCAGCUUUUGAACUGUUCACCUAUAUUGAAUACUAUUCACUGAAAUGUUCAGAAGUCAGUGGGCACUCGCCAUUUUUAUGGCCACCACCUGAUGAUAUGCAAGAACGUUUAAUCAAGCUUUGGUUUGAUCAAUUAUCAGAGUUUUUAUUGAUGUCCAAUACAACAAUAACGACAACAACAGAUAUCAUUUAUGAUAUUAGUCAUUGGCUUCGUGCAUUCGACUUGUAUUUGUUUGCACCUUGUCGUUUAAAAUGGAGUAUAGACACAUCAACUCGCCUGUUUAUUCCACCGGUGAUAAUUUACUUAGGACAACUUUUUCAUCAACUCUCUAUGAAUACUCUUGACAAAGAUAAAUAUCUUAGUAAAAAAGAACAUUUUCUUAUUGGUCGUUGUGCUGGUCUACUGACCACCUUUUUAACUAAAGAUCUUUUAGUUAAUAGACAGAAUAAGAUUGAACUGAAUUCAAAUUCGUGUGAAUCAGAGGAUGAAAAUCUUGAAGUCGACUUUCAUGCCAUUGAAUAUGAUGAAAUGUGGAUAUGGAAGAAGUCAUGCAUCAGUCUGUCCGAUACUGGAAUCCAACCGGUCUACGGAUCAAUAUUCACUAGUCUGGUGAAUUGUCUAGCUAAGCUGUCGUUAAAAGAACCUCCACGUGUUUGUUAUGCUCCUCCAUUAUCUGAGCACACAUUAGAUAGUAUACUAGUGUUAAACAAAUACAAAUUAUAGACAGUACUUGGACUGCUUGCCUUCUUCAAUUGUAUCAAAUAAAAUAUUCACCAGCAAUGAAAUGCAUUCAUGAGAAUAAAGAAUUGAAUACAAAAUUGAAUAUUACUGCAGCCUAUCUGGAUAAUCUGAAUUCAAUGAAUAUUCUAAGUGAAAAGUUGAAUCUUUCUUGUACAGAAGAAUUAUUGGACAAGAGUCAAACAGGUUGGUUGGUGCCGGGAUAUUUGCCAAGAAUUACAGAUUGUCGAUACGCCUGUUCAGUAUUUUGGCGUCCUUUAAAAGAUAAUCGCAAUCAUCUAUUACAUUUAUGCUAAUAAAUGCCAAU